AUGGAAAACUCGUCAUCUGAAGCCCUUGCAGCACUUCAGCAGUUGGAGGAGAAUGGCGAUUUGAAGAACCGACUCGAGAUUAUUCGUAUCAGCGAGCCAAUUUCCACCGAAGUCGGGGGAUCAUACCCGUCUCCUUCAAAACGAACCUCUGAUGUAUCCGCUUCAAAUUAUGAUGAUCCUACCCCGGCCUCAUUGGAGGCCGAUCUUGCACAUUACAAGGAACUAUUCUCUAAGCUGCGAUUCUCCUACCUCGAGCAAGUAACAAAAGAAAAGUUCUUGCGCGCCAUUGUUGGCGACCCGCCUGUGAUUGUCGGACACAAUGAGAACAUGGAACUGGAGGCACAACUAGCAGAGGUGAAAGCGGAGCUCAAGGCACGGAAAGAAGACGCGCGGAUUAUGAUUGAGGAGAUGGAACUAAUGGGCCGUGACUUGGCAAGCCGUUACAAGAAUGUCGAACUUCAAACUACACAGCUCUCAACACUGCCUGCUUCAAUCGAGAAUCUCGAGUCAACCAUCGCUGAUCUCCGCGCCAAGCAGGUAGCCACCAUGGAUCCUUCCAAUCCCAAUACUUCCUCCUCGCAGAACCUUCCUCUUCCCGCGACAUUGGCACUGUUAGCGGAACGUGAGGCGGAACUAGCAGCAUUGAAUCGUCAGCUAGCUACUAUGCACAACACAUUGCCUCGGAAAACCCGAGAGGCCGAGGCAGUAGAGAGAGAGCGCAGCGUGCUUGAGCGACGGAAGUCAGAUGCGAUCGCGCAAGCCCGUGAAGCCCAACGCAAGAAGCAACAGGGUGAAAGUGAUGGACUAGAAGAGAUGGGACGUUGUCUGCAGGCCAAGCCCAGGCUUGUGUACGAUGAAACGAGGGACGAACGAUUGAGCUUAACUUAG